UACUUAUGUCAAAUAUUUUUGAAUUUUAACUGUAUUGUUUAACGACAUAUUUUAAUAUUAUUAUUGUACUAUUUUUAUUUUAAAUAGAUAUUGUCUUUGUGUCUUAUAUAUAAAGAAAUGGAUAAUCCACUGACCCCUAAUAAAAUUCAAAGACUUAUGCAUUUGGCCGAAGAUAAACCGUUUAAUAUGACAAUGCCAAGGCGUUUAUUGCUCAAUGACGAGGACUUGAAGAGACUUGCAUCACAUCAACUGGCUCAGGAUAAAUCCUCUACCAACUACGAGUCAUCAUCUGGUAUCUUAGAUUUGGAGAAAGUUGAAGGUUUCGGCGAAUCAGAUAUUGGUAACCUAUCUUUGAGUAAAUCGACUGCUUUCAACCCUGGUGAAAUGACGGGAAGAUCAACAGGCACAGGAGAGACGAAUUCAAAUGUUGGACAAAAUUCAAUGGGAGUAAGUGGGCUGCGUUUGUGUGAGAACUAUAAUCGGCAUUCAAUAGCCCUCGACAGUAUAACCAGUGAGAUGGAUAAACAAACCAGUGAAGUAAAAGAUAUACUGAGACAUUCAAUUGCUACUAAUUAUUCUUUCCAUUCAAAGAGAGAUUUAACUGCAGAUGAGGCCUCAUUAAUGUUGAGAGAAGCCCCAUUGCCACAGCAACAGCAGUCCCAUUUUAUUGAGAGUAUGUCCAUAAACAGUUCAAGUCUAUCUGUUGGAACAUACUUUAAGAAUAGGUGUUCUGAAUUUGGAAAAAUGUUGGAAAAGACUGACAGUCCAGAUCGGUCAAUGAGACCUAGUAUCACUGAUGUUUCAAGUAACACAUACAGUGGUGAUCCUGCAGGGUCCAGUGAUCUUAUAGGUAAAUCUACAGAUAUGUACAACAUAAACCAGACAUUAGACAGUGUACCUGUAAAAUUGCCACGCAGUACAAACACUGAGACAAUUCCACCUAAACAGUUUAUCAAUAAUCUCAGCAAUAUAAAGACAUUUGAAAAAGCGAACAAUAAUGAUCCUGUUAACCCUGUAAAUCAAAAUACAUAUACCAUCAAAUCGGAUGUAAAACUUGAUAAUGUGCCAACAAAUAAAGUGCCAGAUGUACAAAAAAAUUUGCCAACAAAUAAAGUGCCAGAUACACGAAAAAAUGCACCUAUGUCUUCCAAUAUGACUUUGAACCUGGAUGCAAGUCAUAAACAUUUAAUGAAUUCAAUGGUCAAACCUGCAGAUAUUAUACUAAAGAAACAUCAGUCAUCAUGGCGUAUUGCUACUGAUGAUACUGAAAGCUCUAUCGAUAAUUCAUUCAGUAUUUCCAAGAUAGCAGAUUAUCUCGGAAAGCAAUCAAACAUAAGUGUCACAGACAUGAUGCAACUGAAUAAACAUAAUAAAAAAAUGAACAAAAAGCAACCACUUACUGAAUUGCAUAUGAAUGCACAAGAGAAUAGGAUCGAUAGAGAUGUUCAGGUUACAUAUUUGAAGGAUGUAAAGAAUAUGCCGGCAGCCAGUUCAGCUGGUAGUGUCGACACGGUUAUAUGUCUCGACAAGCUAAAAAUAAACGAAGACACUAAAUGUAUUCCAACAGUGAUCGUCAAUAAUAUUCAUUCUAAUGAUAUAGAAAAUAUUGAAUUAGAAAAUGUAAAAGAGAAACGGCGUUCGACGAGAUCAAAAUCGCCGUCCAGCAAGAGUCAAUCUACACUUAGUACUGUACAAGAAAAUUAUGUAAGCUUUAAAUCAAAUGAAAGCCCGGUUCAAGCAAUUAAUGGCGAAGCUAAUACAUCUUAUGUACCUUCCCCAAAUGUUGAAUAUAAAGAGUUAGAUAGAUCUGUAAAUUGGCACGAGAUGUUACAACAUAGGCAUUUGAAACACCAGUACUUGGCUAAAGAACAAUGGGCUGAAAUAUUAACAACAACAACAAAUGGAUUUGUAGGAGUGACUUGUCCUGUUACACUAACAAUAACAACAAUCACAGAAAGUUGGUUGACUGCAAAAUUUCAAUUUGAUGAAUUGCCAAAUAAUGGAAGUGAUCUCACUGUAGAAGUACCGCGUAUCCCUCUAUUGCUGUCUCCAGGCAAAUCUGAACAAUUCACAGUAUAUUUAACAUCAAAUAUUGAAAUUAAUGAAUCUCUUCCAUUCACGAUAUUUUUAAAAGAUGCUUCAAUUGAGGAUGGUAUGGAACAAAAAGGCAAUGUACGGAUCAAUAUUAAAAUGCCCACCAUAGAAACUAUGUCAAGUGAUGGCGUAAAUAAAGUCACAUUUCCACCAACACAAGAGAAGUCAUCACUCACAAAAUCAUUUGUACUAAUGAGUGAAUGCUCUGAAGAUCUACAGUUAGAUUUGACAGUCAGUGAAGGUGAUAGCAUGUUUUUGAUUAAAAAUGUACAAGAAAUAAAAAAGAGUGAUGUUAAUAAAGUACUAAUAGAUUGUCAAGGGUCUCAGGAAGAGGCACAGCAAGGUGUUAAGUCGAAAUUCAAAGCAAUGAACAAACAACUAUGCAGAUUAACAAGAGGAAACGCCAUUAAGGUUACUAUUACGUUCACGGCGCCUUUAUUAUCAGAAAUUCAACUGACAGAUAACCUGGCUACAUUCCAUGGCGCACUAAACGUAAAUCUGAUUGGUGUUAAAACUGUUUUGAAGAAAGUAAAUCUCAUAGGUACCGUGGGAUCUGUCAACCUAAUCUUGAACACGCCGAUUGGAAAUAAAUUACAACUCAGUAAUGAAAUGACUACUAUCACCGUUUCCAACACUGGAUCAAUACCAGGAAUGUGGAUUGUUAAAUUCAAGAGCAACAUGGCCAGUAACAGUAAUUUUCCUUUUAAAAUUUCACCGUCUAAGUUUGACAUACGGCCUGGCGCUACAAAAACUAUAAAUUUGUCCUACACUGGCCCUGAUGAUAAUGUUUAUGACGCAAUAGUGAUGUUUGAAGAUGUCGCCACUGGCAAGAAAACACUAAUCAACGUUACCGGUGGUUCAGAUAAACCAAAAGCGUUUCCUAUCAAAACUAACUACAAUGUCAUGUCGUGGGUACGCGCCGGCAGGAAAGAGUUGAGUCUCAAGAACUCGACGAAUAAAAAAGUCCACAUAAAAUGCCAAAUAGUCGGUGAAGGAUUUUCAAUAGACAUGCCCGGUGUGGAGUCGCGGGGCAGUUAUAUAUUGCCGUUUGGGCCGAACGAAUGCAGACCAUUAUCUGUAAUUUUCACGCCUAAUUCAGCAGUGCCACACGCUGCACUUUUAUAUUUAAUGUAUGAUAAGACCAGCGAAUUUACACGAAAGAUAGCGAUGUGCGGUUGCGCGGGCGGUGAAGGCGUGCGGUGGCGUGGACCGGUGACCUGCGGUCACACCGCGCUUAUACGGGCUUCACCUGGCGAUUCUGUAUCUCUGCCACUGUACAAUCGCGCUGCGGCACCCGCCUUCGUAUUGGCCAAGGUGCACUUCAACUUGCAGUUCACGUGCGCGGCGCAGAGUGCGCGGCUAGAGGGCGCCGCGAGCGUGGUGGCAGCGCGCGGGGCGCACGAGGUACGGCUGGUGCUGCCGCCGCCGCUAUGGUCGCGCCUCGAGCGACGUGCACGCGACCGCGCCGCCGCCGCCGCCGGUGCCUCGCCCGCGCUCGCCACCGUCACCCUGCUUACCGGCGCCGAGACCACGCGCCGUCGCAUACUCAAAGUUCUAAAAGAUGAGGGGAAGAAUGGGGAGUUGGAUAUUUCACUAUUACCAGAGCAUCUGAGGGUACUGGCUGUACAGUUUGAAGGCGAGGACCCUACUAUUGAUAAUUACUUGGCAGAUUUCGAAGAAAGUAAGUCAUCUCUGGACGAACUGAUAGGCGGUCUUCAAGAGUUGACGGCACAAAUUGACUUGCCUCAAGACUUCGCCGAUGAGAACACAAUUAUUAUCAGCGACGACACCAUGAUUGAACAUCACACACUUUAUAAUUAAGUUUGAAGUAUGUACCUGUAUGUUGUUAUAGAAGUAUUAUUAGUUUUAUGUGAUGUAGAUUUUUAUACCAGGUAGAAUUGUAUAUUAUGUAAUUAUACACUAUAAUGGCAUUUUAAAAAUAUUUAAGACAGUAUUACUGAUUUAUGUUUUAUGAUAAUGUAAUGAUAUUUUUCUGAAACUAAGCUCCUAAUGCAUGGUAGGCAGUUGUGCUUAUUAUGUUACUUUAUUUUUGUACCAUGAUUAUAUUUUGGCUUAUGUUUAUUAGGUUGAAUAAGAAAAUACUUAAGAAAUUAUUUUUCAAGCCAUUCAAAUAAUAUAAAGCAACUUUUAAAACCCUUUAUUGUAGUUAUGAUUUGUGCUUAAAUAAAUUUCUAUUUUCCAUUAUGUAAA